UGCUUAUAUUUCAGAAUAGCCCAAUUAGCUUUAAGACUGUUAAGGCCCAGCUCAUAACGGGCGGCAGAUCUCAGAGCUUAAACUUCCUCCGGUAUUCUCGGCCGUUGAUCCGGCCAUAUGAUCUUGUUAACCUAAGUUGGACCCUCCACCGGCCAAAAACCCUAAUGCUACCGAGAACCUCCAGCUUAUAAAUAUCGAUAGAACUACAUCCCUCAAUUUCUAACACUCCGAACCCUCGGCGGCUAAGGGAAUCCUCCACGAAGGUCAAAAAGAGGUGAGCGAAAAUGGCGGUUCCAUUGCUGACGAAGAAGAUCAUCAAGAAGAGGGUCAAGAAGUUCAAGAGGCCCCAGUGUGACAGGAGAAUCACCGUGAAGGAGAACUGGCGUAGGCCAAAGGGUAUCGAUUCCAGGGUUCGCAGAAAGUUCAAGGGAGUUACCUUGAUGCCCAACAUUGGUUACGGUUCAGACAAGAAGACUAGGCACUACCUUCCCAAUGGCUUCAAGAAGUUCGUUGUCCACAACGUGAAAGAGCUCGAAGUGUUGAUGAUGCACAACAGGACUUACUGUGCUGAGAUUGCACAUGAUGUGUCAACCAAGAAGAGGAAAGAGAUUGUGGAGCGAGCUGCUCAGCUCGAUGUUGUUGUUACCAACAAGUUGGCCAGGCUGCGCAGCCAGGAGGAUGAGUGAACUGGGUUAUAAUUAGUGGAAUCUGAGUUUGUUGAGUUUGUACUUGAGGAGAUUUGCUACCGACUCUAUUGCUAGUUUCUCUGUAUGGGAUGGUUUUAAUCCGUUACUCUUGGAUAUCAAAGAGGUACACUUUUGGAAAGUUGUAUGAAGUUUUGCAAAUCGUGCUUUUCUAUUUUCUGGUCAGGUAAAUGCAUGUCAUAUGUUAAUAUAUGAAGAUUCAGGUAAGACUAUCACAUAUUUGAGUGGCUAGAGGUAAAAUAGGUAAUUGUGGCCAAUUUGUAUAUAAUCUAUAAAUCCUUCACUAUAAUGUUCAAUUAAGCUAAUUCAAUUAACUUCAUCAAAUUCAUUAAUUUCAAUCUAGUUAUUCCAAAUUCAAUAAAUUGUGAAUUAUAUUUUGGUACUAGA